GCCGCUGCGCCUCCUGCAAAUAGUAGCACCUCGCGAGCCAUCAUGGAGCCAUGUCGCGUAACUCCACAUUGAUGAACGAGCAUGAUCACCCGACGGCCUUUUACUACUUCUUGUCCCUCGUGUUUUUUUGCCUCCGUCCUGUAAUCGUCACCUGUUCCCUGGCCGAGCAGGUACUUAUUUUUGAGGGUCUCUGCCCCUCGUACUCUCGCUUUUUCUCGUCACUCGCUUCCUGCCUGUCGUUCCUAAUCCAUAAUGCGUCUCGUUGCACUCGUCGGCCUUGCGGCCUCGCUGAUCCCUAGCGUGGCCCAGGCCGCCUGCAGCGGUCCCCUCACCAUCGACGACUUUUCUCAAUACUCAAGCAACAGCAACAGCUUGGGCUCAUGGACCAGCGAUGACGGGUCCAUGACGUCCAUCUCUGCGGCGGGCAACAAGCUGUCUUUCACGCCUAGUUCCGACUCGUACUUCUACGAAACCUUUUCUUGCCAGGCCGCUUCUUCAAACGGCUAUGAUUCUAUUUCUUUCUCUACCAAGGGCCCUGCUGGCGGCUCUUUCACGCUUGAGAUCCAGACUCAAGCUUCAUGCUCUGCUAGCUCCUACACCAGCUACUACCAUGAGGUUACUGGCCUCACGGGCCAGACCCAGACGAUCACGAUCCCUCUGAGCUCGUUUGCUGGUGCCAAUGCGGACGCGGUGACAGCGUUCCUCUGGAGUGACUUUUCGAGCACCUCGGCCACCUAUGAGUUGAGCAACAUCCAGUUCGGAUGUUCGUCUUCCGGCGGCGGAAACCCCCCGACUACGUCCCAGACUUCUAUGAGGACUACCAGCCGCUCCACGGUUCCUACCGGGUCAUGCCAGAACCUCCUCGUCGAUGACUGGGUUUCUCAAUCCCGUCUCACAUUCCUUUACUACAACGCGAUGCUCAACCCAAGUUCGGAUGACGCUACCAUGAACUCGGUUGUUGUCUCGCCUACCACCAACCGGCUCACGCUGACCCCCAAGGACGACAGCUCUUACUUCUACAGCCAGGUCGGCUGCCUCAAUGCUAGGGACGUUUACGGUGGUCUCUCCCUCCGCAUCAAGGCGCCCAGUGGCACUACACUUUCUGUCGAGCUCGACUCCGCUUCGGAGUGCGGUGGGGAGGCCACUGCCGCCAUCACUGUGUCUAGCUCUGACCUUGGCUGGACUUUUGAUGGCAGCGAGAAGCUGUACAGCAUCCCCUUUUCCAAGUUCUCUGGUCUCGACACCAGCAAACUUACUACCAUCCUGUUCGCUGGGCUUAACAACGCCGUCACUUUUGGUCCAUUGGCAUUCUACUGCGGCAACACGGUCAGCGAGUACACACCGACGAACACUGCCGUCCCUACGGGUAUCAGUGAGACCGUGGCGGCGCCUUCUGGAACGGCCGCUGCGAUCGUCAUCGACCAGUUUGCCAACUCGGAAAGCAAUGCGCUCGGCUUCUGGCAUGGUGCGGAUGAGGGCAUGACUCUGAACUACGGGGGCAACUCGCUCACCAUCACUUCCAACGAUGCCGACUACGCCUACUACACGCAGGUCACGGCCACGUGCAGGGACCUGAGCAGCUACGACGGCGACUACCUGCACAUUGCCUACAGCGGCUCCAACGCCUUCAGCGUCGCGCUGCAGCAGCACAACUCGCAGUGCAACGAGAAUAUCGCGCCCUACCCCGAGACGUGGGACUCGGUUGAAGCGGCGCGCUACGCCUCAGGCUCGGACAUCUACAUCCCGAUGAACCACUUCAAGAUCGAGCGCAGCCGGGUUGUGGGCGUCGCGCUCAAGGGCUUCUACAAAGCCGACCCGGUGACGCUCAGCAAGAUCGAGAUCGUCAAGUCGGUGCCCGCAGGCUUCACGAUCCCGAACAAGCUCGAGUCCGGGAACCUGAUAUUCGCGUGCAAGCGGCCCAACAGCUUCGCCUUUGCGAUCGACGACGGCGACCCGACGCUCGCGCAGGAGGUGCUGCAGAUCAUCCGCGAAGAGGACAUCAAAGUGACGUUCUUCACGGUGGGCGCGCCACUGCUAGACGCCAGCACGAACCUGUCAAACGUGUACAACGAGAUGAAAGCGGCAGGGCACCAGAUCGCGCUGCACAGCUACACGCACCCAAAGAUGGAGGGCCUGCCGGACUACGCAGCCAUCGACUGGGAGUACGAGAACGACAUUGCGGCCGUCGAGCAGACGCUCGGCGGCUUCCAUACGCCGUACUUCCGGCCGCCGUUCGGGACCGAGGGCGCGCGCAUGCGCCAGCGCCUUGCGGUCGCGACGGCGGACCAGACGUCCUCGCCCUAUAUCAUCAACUGGAGCGUUGAUGUCGAGGACUGGCUCUGGGCGGAGACAAGCACCCCCGAGAAGCAGCUCGAUGCUUUCCAGCGCGAUGUCGAUAAGGGCGGCAAUUUGGUUGUUAUGCAUUAUUUGUAUCCGAGCACCGUGGGCUAUUUGAGGCAGUUUAUUCAGAUUGCCAAGGCGACGGGGAAGCAGCUUAUGCGUGUAGAUCAGUGCUUAGAAGAUCCGAAUGCGCCGGCUUUGUAGGUGGGGGUCGGGGUGGGGUGGAGGAUGAGGGGGUUGCUUGAGAGAGAGACAGAGAAGGAAAGAGGUGGG